CUCUGGCGAGCAUAACAGCCUCCUAACAUUGCUGACAGCUGCCACUCUGCUGUUAUUGUUCAAUCUAACUGGCUGCAAAAAUGAAAUUCUUCCACCUCUGAAGGCCGAACACAAACAUAAACCCAAAAACAGCCAAGACAGCACCGUCCAGGCAACAGGUUGUGAACCCAACUAACUACUCCUCCGCACCCUACUAGACAAACGGAACAGCGGUAAAAGAGGCAGCAGCAACAGCAGCCACAGCAGCAGGAAAAACCAUGCACCAGCGUCGCAACAGCCUGUGCCAGCCGCUGGUUAGCAAUGGCGCCUGCAAGGAUGCAGCAGCUCCAGCUGAACCAACGGAUACAUCGGAUGCACCAGAGCCAGAUACAGCAGAGGCAACAGAGCAAGCAAUUGGCGGCAAAUCGGCGCCGAUGCCGUUACGUUGCGGCUGUUAUUUCUCGCUGGCUUGCUCCAUUGGCUCGAUGAGCUUGGCCUGCGGCAGCCUAUGGCAAAUACCGAAUACCACCGAUCGCAUCACGCUCCAGCGUGGUCUGUUCCUCACAUCACUGGGUUUCAUCUAUUUCGUUUCUUUAACCGAUUUCUGCAACAAGUAUCUGCUGGAGACAAAGCGAGGACAGCAAUUCCGUAACAAGUAUCGCCUAAUGAUAUCCGAUGUCCUGGAAAUAACCAACAAAAUCGUCUCGGCCAUACAGGCCUCGUUCUCCUUCCUGGUGGGCCUGAUCGUCUGCAAGUCGACGUGCAGCAAGUCGUUUGUGUAUGCCUCGCACUUUCUAAUGGAGGCAUACGGUUGGUUUGGCACCGCCUACUUUAUGUAUGACAUUUGGUCCAUGUACAAGGUGCACACCCAGAAGAUUGCCGACAAGCUGCACUUGCUGCGUCUAUCCAAUUCUCAGCCGUUUACCAAUGGACAUGCCAGAAGCUAUUACGACAAGGCGGCCGGCGGCGACAGAUCAAUUGGUAACAACAAUGGCAGCACGCCGGGCACACCCCAUGAGAUAUGCGACUAUGAUGGCGCCUGUGUCCAGAUACCCAAAGACGGACGCUGGGAUUUCCUAAAGUAUGUGCUAACACAUCCGGUUAUGAUGAUACAUCACGUAUUCAUUGGCACCUUCGGACUGCUCGUGGUGACGUAUAUACGCGGCGGUGGCCAUUGCAUCUAUAGCUAUAUGUUCAUGAUGGAGUUCUCUACGCCGUUUGUCUCGCUGCGCAGCAUACUGAGCACCAUGGGCCUAAAGGAUUCUCGUGUCUAUAUUGUCAAUGGGCUGCUCAUGUUGGCCACAUUCUUUGUCUGCCGCGUCUGCAUGUGGCCCUAUGUAAUGUGGCGCUAUAGCCUGGCCAUUGAUGCCGCCUCCAUGUGGGCGGCCAUGUCCGGAUUGCCGCGUGGCUGCCUUGUCAGCAUUGCCAUAUUGUUCUUGCCGCAGCUCUACUGGUUCUAUUUGAUGGUCAUGGGUGCGCUCAAGGUGUUUCUGCCCAAACGACGGAAGCUGCCAGCUGCCGCCCUUGGCAAUCAGUUGCAAGCGAACGUGCCCCUAACCGCCACGCCCAUCGCCACAAUAAACGGCAAAAAUUAGUGCAAAUUUGUUAAAGCUUAUAUAUAUAUAUCUUUCCAUAUAUAUAUAUAUAUAUCUAUCUGUUAAUUUUUUUUUUUUCUUUAUUUUUGUUGCAUGCCCAGCGCAAGUCUUGCUUAUUGUUUAUACAUUUUUAACAACCCAAAACAACCAACUAAUUUAACACUGUUAGCCCGCUUCGAGCUAGCUGGGCAGCUGAACAAUCCAACAAUGUUUGCACUUUCACGGGCUCCUAACAAUUUAAACAUAAACCAACAUGCAGUCAGCCCGGCCAGACAUUUAUUUUUUAGUUAUUUAAUUGCUUACUUUUAAAGACAUUACUAAAACCGAAAACAGAAAACAAAAAACAAAAAUGAAAAAUGAAAACAACUAAAAAUUGAAAAAAUGGAACACGACAAACAAAACCAAAUAAAAAUAUAUAUGUUGCUUACUUUUAAAGCAAAAGAGAACACACAAGAAAAAGUGAAAAAAAAAAUAUAUAAUAAAAAAAAAAAAAAACUGUAAAUGUUGCAUUCUAUUACAGAAGAAACUAUUGCUAUGUAAUCGAUAAACUUGUAAUGCCAAUCUAUCGAUCAGCAUGCUUUAUAUAUAUAUAUAUAUGUAUAUGUGUGUGUGUGCGUACUAUGUUUAAGGUUCGCUCUUUCAGGCGCCUGUUAAAGUUCAUGUUAGUGGCUGGCAAUGAAAUAUUCAAUUUGUGUGCAAAUAUGGCAACGCCAACGGUUUAAACAGACAAUACCUGCUACCUGAGUCCAGCAGCAGAUAAUUUAUAAAAAUUCAUCUAUGUCAUUUGACCGCCUGCUUUUACAAUGUAGUUUGCAAUGUAGUUUAAACGUCAUGUUAACUUUCACGUCUUUCGGAAAAUGUCAGCGAAUUUGACAGCAUGUUAAGCCGGCUGCUAACUUUAACAGGUACUUAAGAGAGCGCACUUAAGUGUUGCUAACGAAAUCAAAGAAUCUAUAUUGAACUCGGCUGGCCGAGGUUUAUGUACCUAUGCGGAUUGAUUCAACUGAGAGCUAAGUAAUAUCUAUAUAUAUAUAUGUAUGUAUCUGUAUACUAUGUACUAUAGAGCUUAUAUGCUGUAAAUCCGGGAAUUUAAAUGUAAAACUGAAUUUGCAAACACGUUUCAUGAAAACUAUUUCGAAAAUAUAGCUGCUCGACAUUGUAAGCAAUCGCUCGACGAUUUGAACUCUUGA